ACAAGCCGAGCCUUCAGUAUAGUAGGAUUAGCUACCUUUCAGUCAAUCAGAGUUUACUGGGGUAACGUCACGCAAUGUAUUUAAUAUUCAUGAGACAAGCACGGAGGCUGUUUAAAGUUAAAUAAACGCCGCGGCGCGACUCGUGUUGCACACAGUGUGCUGCAGCGGCGCUGAGGGACAGGCGACGAAACGAAAAGAGACGAACAGAACCGAACCUGCGCGACAACAAGACUCUUCUAGAGAAUGACGUCCAUUUGUCCAAGAUGCGAUAAGACUGUGUUUUUCGCUGAGAAAGUGAGUUCUCUGGGGAAAAACUGGCACCGUUUCUGUCUGAAAUGUGAACGAUGUAGUAAGAUUCUGUCUGCGGGAGGCCAUGCGGAGCAUGAUGGAUUGCCUUACUGUCAUAAACCCUGCUAUGGAACACUCUUUGGACCAAAAGGUGUAAAUAUUGGAGGGGCGGGGUCUUACAUAUACGACACACCUCCUCAGACACCGGUCAGCAAAUCAUGUAGCAGCCCUUCAGACAAUUCGCCCACCACACCUUGGACCAGCUCACAGAUCAGCUUUAAUCAGCCUAAAGCUUCCACUGCGCCUACACGUAUGUUUGCUGGAGAGACUUAUCUGUGUCCCGGCUGUGGAAAGGCAGUUUAUUUCGCUGAAAAGGUGAUGUCACUGGGUCGCAACUGGCACAGGCCUUGUCUUCGCUGUGUGAGGUGCAAGAAAACACUGACCCCUGGUGGCCAUGCAGAGCAUGAGGGCAGCCCGUACUGCCAUGUGCCCUGCUAUGGGUAUCUUUUUGGACCAAAAGGUGUAAACAUUGGUAAAGUGGGCUGUUACAUUUACGAGAAAGAAAAUGCAGAGAAUGAAAUGCCAAGCGAACAUUAAUUCACAAGGAAAAGCUCUUUUUUUAUUUGUUACAGAAAUAUUUUUUACAUAUUAAAAAAAAAUGUAAGGUGUAAAGAUUUAUUUUCACAUAGAUAUAUGCAAAUGUCGUUGCAUGUUGCAUGUAUUCUGAUCAUCAGAAAUGGCCACUGGCAUCUUAUAAAAAAAUUAAACAAAAGUCACUCAAACAUGCACACAUACAUGGGCACUUUCUCUCUCAUUUUACUGCUUUUCACAAACAAACUCCACCAACAAUUUCCAUUUAUUCAUUCACGCAUCCAUUUAUUCUUAGAAAAUACCUGUAAUUAUUACAUGGCACUGGAGAAAGUUGUAAAUCCUUGUGUAACUAAUAAAACAUAUUUUAAAAGAA